AUGGCUUGCUUCAAAUCUCAGAAACUUGAAAUCGAAUUGCUGCAGCAGAUCUUUCCAAAGGAUCAUAACCGUUUCCAGCUGCUCGGUUGCACUCUGGACGAUCUACUCUGCCGCUUUAUCGAUGGCAAUGGCAAGCAUUACGACAUUCAGGCGAGUAUUACGGUCACCUAUCCAAUGACUCCGCCCAUUUGGUACUCGGAAUGCGAUGAUGCGAAGCUUAGCGAAAUAAUGCAAGAGCUGGGCAAUAGCCAAGGAGAGGACAGUCACUUGGUGUUGCAGGUGGCUUCGUUGGUGCGUAAAUUGUGCGACACUCACAAUGUGCCGCUGCCGGAUAAUAUGGACAAGUUGACAGUGCCGAUGAAGCCACAGAAUGACAAUGAUAGUGACGAAAGUGACGACGACUCGAUGAAAUCGGAGGAAAUUCGCGCAGUCUAUGAGAAAUUAAUACUGAUGGAGACCCUAGAGAAUUAUGUCGACGAGGACAGCGAAAGUGACCACCACUCGAUGGAAUCGGAGGAAACUAGCUUAAAAGAUGAGGAAGUGAAGCUGCGGCAGACCCUCCAGAAACUGAACAACCAACAGGAUCGUCAGGAUCAACCUCAAGGUCUUGCCGCUGGCUCGCCUAACGCUGUAAAUCGCCUGAUGAAAGAGCUGCGGCUCAUCUAUCAUUCUGACACUUUUAAACAGAAUGUGUUCUCGUUGGACCUAGACGAUGAUUCGAUCUACAACUGGAAAGUUUCCGUCCACUCGGUGGACAAGGACAGUCGCCUGUAUGCUGAUAUGUUAAAGCUAAAGGAAAUCGAUGGUGAAGGGGCCAUCGAGCUGCAAUUUAGGUUCAACGAUAACUAUCCAUCUUCGCCACCCUUUGUGCGUGUAGUCUAUCCCGUCAUCAAGGGAAGUUUUGUCUUACGCGGGGGUGUCAUUUGUAUGCAAUUGUUAACCAGUUCCGGUUGGACAUCCGCCUACACCGUCGAGUCACUGAUCAUUCAAAUUGCCGCCGCACUGUCUCAAUACAAUGGGCGCAUCUACUUCGACGCUCCGAAGUCUUUACUUGAGAAGUUCUACAACCUGGAAUACGCCCAGCGCAACUUUCAAUUGGCCGAGAGACUGCACAACAAACAUGGUUGGUCGCAAUUAGACAGACCCGAAAGCUAA